AUGAUUACGAAGUUCUACAAAAGUAAAUUGUUGAUCCAAAUUUAUCAAUAACAAAAGAAAAACCUUUUGUCAUUAAACAAUAAAGAUGAAAAUUUUUAGAAAGUUGUAUAUGAUAAAAAGUUUGAAGCUACAUUGUUUGAUAUCAAAAAUUUAGAAAAACUAAACUAUCUUGAAAUUGCUUUCAAAUUUUGGGAUAAAAUAGAAGAAAAUUCAACUCUAAUAAAAGCCUAAAUUUCUUUAGAAAAUAUUGGAUUAAAGACUGAAUUAUUGAAAAUAUUUUAACAAAACCCUUAGGAAUUAGAUUAUUUAAUAGAUGAACUUGCAAUUCAAAAUGAAAAAAAGAGAGAAGCUGUUAUUGAAAUAAUUAUUGAUGCUUUAAAAGAUUUGAAUCUUACAGGUUAUGAUUUUUAUGAUGAAUUUAUAAAUUAACAUCAUUUAAAAUAAAUAGAAAAAUAGAAAAAGUUAGGAAAAUCUAUAAAUGUUGAUUUUUUUCUACGUGAUUUAAAAAAAUAUUCAACUAACCUUGCUAAAGCAAUGAGCAUGAAUGAAAAGACUUAAGUAUACUAUUAACAAUAAGGAUUAUUAUAUAAGGAAUAAAGAGAAAAUGAAAAAUGGCUUAAUGAUUUUUUUAAUGAUGAUGAUUAAUUUGGAUCGUAUAGAAAAGAUAUACGAAGUUGUUCUCUAGUCUAAUCAAAUGGUGCUAACUUUUAAUUUACCCAUAAAUCAAUAUAAGAGUUCUUAAUUGCAGCUGAUUUAUAUGUGGUUUUAGUUCAAUCAAAAAAUUUUGAUACAUAAAUAUUAAAUAGAAUAAUAGAAAUUUAGUCAAAAGAAGAGAAUCAAAAUUAGGAUUGCUUAGAGUUUCUAAAAAAUAUCAAUUAAAAAUAUUCCUAAAAUUAUAAUUAAAUUUAAAAUUUAUCUCCGUUAUAAAAAUAAAAAUAAUUAGAUGCUUUUGAAUAAACUAUCAAUUAAAUCAUUCUUUUAAUCAAAAUCAUAAUCAAGCAUGAUUUUCAUUUUAUUAAUUAUUCUACUGAAAUAUACACUGAAACUAGAUAAUAUCUCAUUUAAAAAAUAUAAAAAGAGGUUAAAAUAAGUGAAUUUUUGAAAUUCUUAAUACAUCUUACAAAAAUUGAUAAAGAUUUUAUUAUAAGUGGAUCUAAUGCAAUUAAUUUAUUGGUGGAAAUGUAGGUGGAUAUAACAAACUAAAAUUUUGAAAAUAUAAGAAUAGAAAAUACUAAUUUAUUUGGAGGUAAUUUUGCUAAAUGCAAUUUAUCAAAGUCUUAAUUUAAGAAUGUGAAUAUCAAUGGAAUAAAUUUAAAUGGAGCUUAAUUAUUUGGAUGUAAUUGGUAAUAAUUAAAAAUAAACGAUUUGUAUUAAUUAGAUGGUCAUAGUUGUGAUGUCAACUCAGUCUGUUUCUCUCCUGAUGGAAAUACAUUAGCUUCUGGUAGUGAAGAUAAGUCUAUCCUUCUAUUAUAUCAAAAACAAGUAUUGUUCAGAUUAUAGAUUUAAAGAAAUUUAGAUUAAAAAUACAAGAUAUCUUUUUUUAACACCCCUUUGCAGUAAAAGAAUAUUAUUUAAAAUUUAGAUACAUCUAAUAUUAUGGUUUACCCAGACUUCAAUUAUUCAAGGUUUAAGAGAGUUUUUUAGAAAAAACCGUUCCUUUUUGGAGAAUUAUUGGAGUAA